AAGCGCGGUGAUCCACCUACGAAUGCCGAGAACAAGUACUUCUGCGAUGUAUCAGCAGAGUGCGAGGGCCAGACUUUCGACCGCAAGUGUGAAUGGAGGCAACACAUGGACAAGCAUGACCGGCCAUACCGCUGCCCACAUCCCCAGUGUGCAAAGCUGCAAGGCUUUACAUAUUCUGGUGGGCUGCUUCGACAUGAACGCGAGGUUCACGGCAAGCAUGGAGGCCCGAAGGCGCAGCUUGUCUGCCCUCACACGGACUGCAAGCGUCAUUCAGGCAAAGGUUUUACCCGCAAGGAGAACCUGAAUGAACAUGUUCGCCGUGUGCAC